AUUCAACUCUUUCUCUCUCUUUAGGCACACAACAAAAAGACCCAAUUCGACUCCAAAACACAACCGAAAUCAAAACAAAACAAAGUCCAAGGAAUUGUUAGGUGAAAAUGGCAAGUUCAGUGGAGAAGGAGGUUGGCGCUGCUGGUGCUGGUGCUGAUGUUGGUGCGGGUGCAGGGGAAGAACCUCUGUCGUUGGAACUUCCUGCUCCAACUGGUUGGAAGAAGAAGUUCUUUCCGAAAAAGUAUGGAACCCCAAAGAAAAAUGAGAUUGUAUUCACUGCUCCAACUGGAGAGGAGAUCCACAAUCGGAAGCAACUGGAGCAGUAUUUGAAAGCACACCCUGGUGGCCCAGCUGUAUCUGAAUUUGAUUGGGGAACUGGUGAAACCCCAAGAAGAUCAGCAAGAAUCAGUGAGAAGGCGAAGACUACUCCUCCCCCAGAAUAUGAGCCCCCAAAGAAACGUGGCAAGAAAUCGCCAGCUUUGAAAAAAGAAGCUUCUCAGGAAGAUGAAAAAGAUGAAACAAAAGAAGUGCAAAUGGAAGAAGCUGAUGAAACUAAGGAUCAUAAAGAUUUAGAGCAGGAAAAAAAUGUUGUGGAGGAAAACCAAGAUGAGAAGAGAGUAGAGGAUACAGAUGGCAACGAAUCCACUCAUCAUGGAGAAAAUACUGAUAAACCUAAGGAUGAUGAAAAUUUCAAGAUUGCUGAGGCAGAGGUACAUACCUCAAAAGAGAAACUCGAGGACAAAGUAGUUGAGGGCUCUGAAGUUGUUCAGAGUAAAGAUGAAGAAAAGAUUGAACAGCCACUGGAGGAGACAAAGAAAGAUGAUGGAACUGAUGAGAAAAAGGUUGAACUGGAAGGAGAGAAUAAGGAGGAACAUAGUAAAGGUACUCAAGUAUCUCAAGUGAAUGAUGAAGAAAAGGUUGGACAGCCACUCGAGGAGUCAAAGAAAGAUGAUGGAACUAAUGAGAAGAAGGUUGAACUGGAAGGGGAGAAUAAGGUGGAACAUAACAAAGGCACUCAAGUGAAUGAUGAAGCACAUUUUAAGGUUCAUGAUAUAAAUAAGAAGGCUGAAUCAGAGUUGACCGAGAAUGGAAGCUGAACUGGUUAGGUGAAACACCCAAAUAAGGAAUAAUAAACUUGGGUUCUCUUUCUCUUUCUGACCCCAUUAGAUCGGGUAUGACCGUAGUUUUGUUGUGAUGUUAUUUAUCUGAUUGUUUAUUGAAACUAUAGACAAUUAUAGAGUAGUUCUAUAAUGUACCAUCCUUCUAUGUGUUGUAGAGACGUGUAGCUUCUAGUUCCCUUCGUAAAGUUAUGUUGUAAGAUACCUGUAUGUGAUGUGGACCUGUAAUCGUGUACGAUCGUGAACCCAAAUAUUUCAUUUCUAAAUUGUUAUCUCAGGAUUUAUAACGUAA